AUGUCGGUCGAGCAGAUGGAUUUGGAGAAGAGGAAGCAGAUUAGUGUACGAGGCAUAGCACUUACAGAAGAUGUCACUACUCUCAAGCAUGCCUUUAAUCGUCAUUUACACUUUGAUAUUGUGAAGGAUAGGAAUGUCGCAACGCCCAGAGAUUUUUAUCUAGCGUUGGCGCGGACUGUUUGGGAUCACUUGUGCUCGAGAUGGAUCAGGACUCAACAAUUUUAUCACAGAGAAGAUCCUAAGGUAUUUAUUUCUUUGAGUCCCAACUCCGAUCCCCCCGCGCUUGCAUAA